GAAUUGAUUCUCUCAUUUUCUCUCUCUCUAGCUUUUUUUCCUUCUCUUUCCUAUUCUGCAUUUCUUGUUUUGAUUCGGAUUUUUGGUUAUUAGCCCCUCCAUACUUCUUCAUCUGCCUAUCUUUUUCAACGAAGCAUUAUUUGAUUUCGUCUUUGCUUCUCUUUCUUAAUCUAUCUUCCUCCUUUUCGAACCCCCAUUUGCUCACUCCUCUCCCUCUCUCUCUCUCUCUCUCUCUCUGGUUUUCAUCUGCGCAUCCCCAAAGGGACAAGCCAGAAAUGAAGAAGUUUGUUCUGAAGUUGGAUUUACAUGAUGACAAAGCCAAGCAGAAGGCACUCAAGACGGUUUCUACUCUCUCAGGGAUUGAUUCCAUUGCCAUGGACAUGAAGGAAAAGAAAUUAACGGUGAUCGGAACUGUUGAUCCUGUAACUGUUGUCAGCAAAUUGAGAAAGCAUUGGCAAACUGAUAUAAUCUCAGUAGGGCCUGCCAAGGAGCCUGAGAAGAAAGAAGAGCCUAAGAAGGAGGAACCCAAGAAAGAAGAGGAGGCUAAGAAGGAGGAGCCCAAGAAAGAAGAAGAAGCUAAGAAAGAGGAACCCAAGAAGGAAGAAGAAAAGAAAGAGGAACCCAAGAAAGAGGAAGGGAAGAAAGAAGAAGAGAAAAAGAAAGAUCCAGCUCCAGCACCGGCACCUGUUCCUCCACCUGACCCAGUUUUAGAGCUGGUCAAGGCUUACAGAGCUUACAAUCCUCAGAUGACCAAAUAUUACUAUGUUCAAAGCAUUGAGGAGAAUCCAAAUGCUUGUGUCAUUUGUUAAGUUGGUGGAUGGCUAUAUAAAUUUUAAGAGAAGUUAGAUUUUCCCAACUGGUGAUGGUUUUUAAUCUCAUCAGUUUAUGUGUGUUAAAGAGGUAAACACCUAAUUAGAAGAGAGGAACCCUGUAUAUAAAUGGUGAUGCCUCAUUCAUCUAUUCAGAACAUAAGUAAUUUGUAGAAAAAAAUAAAUGAAAUUUUGGAAUGUUUUUUGGUACCGUAA